CUAGCUUAUUGUUCGCUAGCUUGACUUAGGCUUUAGGAUUCUUGAUCAUGUGACGUAAUGAGGCCUCGACGGGGAGUUUGCAUUGAUACCAAACUUUUCAAGUUCCAUAGCUGACAAACACUCCAUGGAAGGCUGCUAAACACUCUGUGGAAGGCUGUCUCGCACUCCAUGAAAGACUGAGUAUCCCUGUUAUUAGAAGUUACAUUUAUCAUGCUUAUAAAUUUCUGUGACAGCCGACUUUAUCCCAAAAUAAGUUGUGAUAAAGUGACCAGGGAUGGACAUGAGGUGGAGAAUUUGAUUUCGAAUGACUGGUCACAGAGACAGCGGGGUUUUCUGGGAGAACACUUCAUCAGACCCCCUGUGACUGUUACCCUAUCAUUUCCUUGUAACAUUGAGAUAAAGUGUAUUGUUAUAAAUCCCUGUGUGAGUGCCCAGAGGUCAUCUGGAUUAGAAAUCUACAGUAGGAGUAACCAGGUGACAUCCAGACCGGGUCCACUCUGGGAACACGUUCCUCAAAUCCCAUCAAAGGAAAAAAAUGCAUAUGAAUUCAUAGCUAGUGCAGUGUUUACCCCUAUUGGAAAAGUGCAACUUUCAGACCCAGGAAUUGUAUAUUUUGAAAAUCGAUUAUUUCAGCAUAAAUCUGCAAAUGAAAAGGAGCAAAUUCCUAAGUCACAGUGUCAACACAUCAUUGAACUACGGGGCAGAAAUUUGAGGGCAUUAAAUUUUGUAAGUGACCUUAAUAUCCGGGUUACAAGAACAGCAUCAGGACAAUCUGUUGCGAUUAAAAAUAUCGAAGUCUGGGGUCAACCUUCGAAAUCAGUUCCAAAGCCACUCAGAGAUAAAAUAGAAAAUCUGUUUUGUGAAAGUGCUUUACCCAAUGUAGUGGAUACAAAUAUACAAAGAAGCAUUUCUAUGACCCAGACUGCAGACAGAAAGUCAACAGCAGAGAUUUGUGUUCAGACAUCGAAUGAGCUCAUACAUUUAGAGAACGGAAUGGAAGUCCCAGAGGAUUUUGUCGAUUGUAUUACAUGUGAGAUUAUGACUGUACCAAUGCUGUUACCAUGUGGUAAAAAUAUUGACCAAUCCACUUUAGAGAGACACAAUUCAGUAGAGGCAUCAUGGGGUCGACUGCCCAGUGACCCCUUUACAGGAGUUACUUAUAAUGACCAAAAUAAGCCAUUGCCAAACACACCUCUGAAAGUUCGUCUGGAUAAAUUUUUGCUUGAAAAUAGUCUACAGCUUCAGCAUAUACCAAAAACUCUAGGCCGAUACUCAGAUAAUUGUUCUGCUUACCAGAAAAAUGGACCUAAUUUAAGUAGGCUAGUUGAAAGUCAUGAAAACAUUUCUAGGUGUAGGGCAGACAAUAUCGUGAAUGACCAAGGUGAGUCUGCCAUGAAUGAAAUACUUCAGAUUAGGAAGAGAAAGAAAGUAUGUUUACAUUCUGAUAUCAAGGACAAGCGGAACAGAAAAACAGAGCCAUCGAUUCCUGGAAGUGAUGCAUCAGAGAACUGUCACAGUGAUUUAAAUAUUAUAGAUCUUACAAAAGAUGACAUGACAUCGGUUACCAUGGUAACAGGAAAGGGUCAGUCUGUGUCAUUAAAGACAAAAUCUCAUGAGGAGGAAUUAAAGGAGAGCAUCGACUCGGCAUUCAGUGCUGUUCUGAGCCAGUUACCGUCCUUCACAAAAUCAGAACGGAAUGUUGAAGACGAAGCUGGGCCUUCAUCAGUGGUUAGGCAUUCUCAGAGCCACUGUUCAAACUGUGAGGGGCAGUGUGGCUCCAUGUACAGGGCCCCAUGUGGCCAUCUGUUCUGUAGGAAAUGUGUGCUGAAAGAUACCAACAGGUGCUCCGUGGUGUUGGAUAAAAUGUGUCAGAAGUCUUGGAAAUCAAGUGAAAUCUGUAAGGUUCAUUAGAUAACAAUACUCAGCAGGAGUUCAAAUGAAAUUUACCAGACAACUUGAUAUUCACAUUUUCUAUCUGUGAUACUGCUUUAUGCAACAAUUAUCAAGGAGAUUUAUAUGAUCUGUUUGAUUGAGCUCGGUAGCUUUGUCUAUAAAUGUUCAUUAAAGGUAAUUGCAAUUAGUACAAGUUGUAUGGUUGAACAAAGUUUGUGAAAAACUG